AUGCCUGGGAUUGAAGAGACGCUUGCAAGCUAUCUCUGCCCUACAUUGCCCACAUGGAGGAAACCUGCCCUUAUUACCAAGCCUUGUAGGACUACUUCAUCCCUUGUGGGUAAGGCCUACACAGCAGCAGGCCAAGCAGGUGCGUUCCUGCACACCAUGGCAGUUUUGCAGGCCUACCAGGCUGACCUGCUGACAAAUUAUGUCAUACCUGGAGUCCUCUCUGAGAAGCAGUUCCAAUGCUCCAUCUGCUUAGACAUCUUUGACAAUCCGGUUUCCACCCCAAGUGGACAUAGUUAUUGCAUGAACUGCAUUGGGCAUUAUGAAAUGGAGUCAAACUAUCAGUGCCCAUUGUGCAAGAAAUACGUCAAGAAGAAACCUGAUCUCCACAUCAAUCGCACUCUUCAAGGGAUCACAGUGCAUUUCAAGAAGAUGAAAGAAGACACUGGGUCAUGUGGUGGGUUUGGGAGAGGAGAAUUACAAGGAAGAUGGAUGGAGAAAAGGGCUCAAACAAUUGCCAGCUGCCUGGGGAUCUCUCUGCAGACAGCAAAAAAAGUGUCAUGCUGUGCAAAUCAUCACCAUAAACUGGAUCUCUUCUGCAAAUCUGAUGGGGAGUGUAUCUGCUCAGAGUGUGAAGAUUUAGAUCACCAAUCUCAUAACAUCCCUGCAGAAAAGGGGUGGCUGACAAGCAAGACACAGGACAGCAUGCACAUGUUUGGCGAUCUUCAGAGCUCUGUUGAGCGCAGCCAGGCUGAGCUGCUGGAGGCAAUUGAAUUGAGACGGGGCUCAGCAGAACACAAAGCAGAAGGAAUGAUAGAGUUGAAGCUGGAGCUCAACGAGCUGAGAAGUGCAGAGCUGAGCAACCUGACCCAGACUGAUGACUGCAUCAUUGGACUGAGGGUUGGGGCCUAUAUAGAUAUUUUAAGCAUCAAACAUACUACUAUUUACCCCAAGUCACCAAGGUUAAUUGUCAUCUUUAAAUCAUUAACCAUGUUAUUGUCUGGAGAGACUAUCACGCCAAUGCCAGUCAAAGAAUGGGCUGAAGUCACAGUGACCUUUGAUCUUGGUACAAAGUCAGUCGACACUUCAGUAUGUGAACUCCUAGGGCAGUUCCAGGAGGAAAUGGAUGUGACCUUGGGCCCCAGUACAGUUCAUCCUUGUCUCAUCCUGUCAGAAGACAGGAAGCAAGUGAGGUGUGGAGAAAGGCACCAACUUGUCCCCAACAACCCAGAGCUCUUUGAUUGUAUAGUGUGUGUACUAGGCCAAGAGGCCUUUACAGAUGAUCUGCACUACUGGGAAGUGGAGGUGGGAGGCAAGACAGACUGCCAUUUGGGGUUGGACCGCCACUCUGUAAACAGGAAGGGAAAAGUAACUGUCACCCCCAGCAAUGGAUACUGGUCCAGCCUACGAAAUAAGACCAACUAUGCCAUUGGAACAGACCAUUCUCUCAACCUUUCCCUUUACUCCAAUCCCAGAAAGAUUGGUGUGCUUGUGGACUAUGGGAAAGGGCAGGUUUCCUUAUAUAAUGUGGAAGCUAAGCGGCACAUCUACACCUACAAAGAUAUGUUUUGUGAGGCCAUCUAUAUGUUCUUUGCCUCCUGCACUAACAAGUCGGACCAGAAUGAUGCAGCACUUGUCAUUGCAUCUGUUUUUUUUCCAGUCUGA